AUGUCCUUCGGUCUUGAUCUCGCCCAAAAGGGCCUGUCUCUGUACACCAUUCCCUUCGCCCUGCUGUCCAUCAUGGGCGCCCACGGCUACGCCUCCGCGCUUGCGGGGAAAAGCUACGACCCUGCGACCCCUCGACAACUUCAGUCCGUCCUCGCCUCUGACGAAAAGAUGGACAAGAUUGUAAAGGCUCGGAUUCAGCGUGCGCAGGCGGCUGCUCAGAACGGCUUCGAGAGUCUUGGUCUCUAUGCUGCCGGCGUGGUCGCCGCCAACGUGGCCGGCGUAGACCCGCGUUCCGUCAAUCUCAUCUCCUUCGGCUAUAUUGGCUGCCGCGUCUUGUACAACAUCAUUUACAUUCGUCUGCAGGACAACCGUGCCUGGGCCCCAAUUCGCAGUCUGGUUUGGACGACCAGUAUUGGUCUUAUCUUUACCUCGUAUAUCAUGGCGGCACGACAAUGGGCCGCUUAA